AUUUUUACGAAAACACACUACUUAAAAAAAGUGGUUACUUCCGGUUCCGGUUUAGACGUCUGGGAAGCUUGCUAGCUACUUCGAUACAGGUUUCGAUUGCUUCUUUGACCCAUCAUCUCGUCACUGGCACCUUUCUCAACAGAGAUUAAAUACGUUUACGUUCCAGCAUGUCUCACAACUACUCCUACAGACGACGACCACCACCAGCUAAAGGUCUAAGACCCAGCUCUUUCGACUCUCCAGAUCACCUGCACCCUGGAGACCACAGUCACAAUGUUUACAGAUCGUCCCAGGAGUCACCAUCUCAUUCUACAAUACCAUCCUACCCAUCCUCCUCAUCCAGAGCCUCUGCUGCUAUCGAGUCCCCAUUCUCCUCCUCACUAAGCCGGUCAGAACCUUACUCUUCCUCACUAAGCUGGUCAGACCCUUACUCCUCCUCUGAAAACAGGUCAGACCAAACUCUCCUGAGCAGCUGUGGGCUCGAGCCCAAAGACUUAUCUCUACUAGCCGAGAUGCCUGAGGAUCUCAUCACCGUGGAGAACCUACCACAUCUGGUCCGGGAGAUCAAGAAGAAGAGGGCGACACAGCAGUCACCAUAUCCAGCUAUGAUCUCUAACCCUCCUGCUGCCACAUCUCGUCCCCCCUCUGCUACCCCGCCUCCAGGCUGUGUGUGGGAGCAGGGUGACCGGAGUCAUUCUCAACCAUUAGAGAUCCACCCCUCUCUUCCCCCUUCCCAACUUCUUCCCACAGAACAGGCUGAGUCCUGGCAACUAGAUCGGCCCGGAAACUCGAUGCAGUACACAUGCUCUCGCCUAGAACCUGUACCUGUCCAAGUUGUGGACUACCACUAUGGUAAAGAAACUCCCAGAAGUUACCAAACUCCUAGGUCCACUUACAACACGGCCCAAGGAGGAAGCAGUAACACCUGGAAACCCCCCAACUCGUCCCAACCAGCAGUAGAUUACAGGUACCCACCACCACCAACUACAGACUACAGACCACACCCAGGCCAAGAUGUCCCAGUUGUCACAAUCAAGAUGGCCACCUCUGGCAACACUCCCACCAAGAAGUCUGCUCUUGACUUCCAUGGAGAAAUCCCCCAAACAUUUCCUUAUUCUUGCUCUCUCUGUGAUAUUACCGUGCUCUCUGAAAAGGUAUGUAUCUUACUUCCUGUUAUUUCUGAGUCUGCAUUAUCUGGAUCUCAGGUAGGUUCAUGUGUGUGAAAAUGUCCAAAGUGUAUCAAUCUUAAGCCUAUAUGUGUACAUUUACAUUUACAUUUAAGUCAUUUGGCAGACGCUCUUAUACAGUUAAUGCAUAGGCUGUGUUUUAACAUGCGUAGCAGUAGCUUAAAUAUGAACAACGAGAGAAAAAAUGUGAUUUGCUUUUUGUUGCAGUUCUGGUUCACACACGCCAAUGGAACUCAACAUGCAGAUGGACAGCUCACACUUCUUAAAAUGUUUCCUGAGUGGGAUUGCCGGAUGCAGACCACCAGAAAUGGUGAUGACCACACAAAGAGACCGAACGUUGAAGAGAAGACUGGUGGACCUUCCCAUAGGUUGACUAACUACUUGGGUAAACCGUCAAGUAGCGGCUCUAGAGAAAGCAUAGACCCUAAGACAAAGGGGAGUGGCAAAGUGGUUUGUGCCAAAUUUACCGCCCGGUGUCUCAACGAAGAUGGUUUGAAGGACCUGAUUAAUCCUUUUGGGGAAGUUGUGAAAAUCAUCAUGUUCCCUGCUUUGGCUUUUGUGGAGAUGGGCUCAACUGACCAGGCUGCCAAUAUUGUGACAUACUACCUCAGGAACCCAGUGAUGGUGAAAGGAGGACAAGCCACCUUCUCUGUCUCGUCAACAUUUAAUUUCCUGCAGAGUUCCCGGGUGUUGCGUUUCUCCCCGGUGCCUCCUGGUAAAGAGUCUGCCGCGUGGAAGAGACAGUUGCUGGCCGCAGCUAAAAGAUUUGGACCUGUGGAGCACUCUCUAUUCUUACCUACGCAGGCAUUUGUGGAAAUGACAAAUGCACUGGAUGCACAGAAGCUGGUUGAACACCAUACGUCCAAACACCUGAAAAUAGAUGAGAUUCAUAUUAAAGUGGCCUUCUCGUCAGAGUAUAAUACACUUCCGACCAUAUCUGACAGGAAGUCUUCAGACAGGAAGUCUUCAGACAGGAAGUCUUCAGACAGGAGCAGGAAGUCUGAAGAUAGAUCUAAGAGGAAGAGAACCCCAAGCCCCAGAAGGCGGAACCUCAGCCCAAGGAGAGAUUCCCCAACCACCUCAAAGAGGAGGAGGAGUAGAGAGAGAGAGAGGGAUAGCGACCGUCACAAAGAACGGGGAAAAUCAAACAGUGGGAGUAAAGGCAGGCCAAGGUCCCCCAGCAAACAGAUCUCCAGCCGGAACUCAAGCAGCCCUCGCAGGCCAAGGUCCCCCAGCAAACAGAUCUCCAGCCGGAACUCAAGCAGCCCUCGCAGGCCAAGGUCCCCCAGCAAACAGAUCUCCAGCCGGAACUCCAGAAGCCCUCGCUCCCAUACUAAAGAGAGGGUCUCCAGUGAGAUGAAGAACCCAGGUUCUGGUAAAACAGACCCCAAGAAGGACAAGGUAUCUCCCACUUGCUCACAACCUCCCACCAAGGACAAGACCCCAUCCCUGUCCUCCAAUGUGAUGGAGAAGUCUGAAGAGGCUGUCGACACGACUGACCAGAGCAAGAUAAAAUCUGAGACUCAGGAGGAUGGGGCCACGGAGGCCUGUGAUAUGGACAGUGACAUCGAGGGCAUGGCCGUGUAUGGGGAGGAUGGGGAGGAGAACUCUGACAUGGGAGAGGAGGAAGAGGAAGAGGGGCAAGUAGGGGAGAAAGAGGGAGAGGUAGGGGAGGCAGAGGUAGUGGAGGGAGAGGAGGAGGAAGAAGUAGUGGAGGGAGAGGAGGAGGAAGAAGUAGUGGAGGUGGAGGGCAAAGCGUUCUCAGCUACCGGGUCAGAACAGGGGAAAGAGCUCUCAGCUGUUGGGUCAGAACAGGGGAAAGAGCUCUCAGCUGUUGGGUCAGAACAGGGGAAAGAGCUCUCAGCUGUUGGGUCAGAACAGGGGAAAGAGCUCUCAGCUCCCGGGUCAGAACAGGGGAAAGAGCUCUCAGCUACUGGGUCAGAACAGGGGAAAGAGCUCUCAGCUACUGGGUCAGAACAGGGAAAGAGCUCUCAGCUCCGGGUCAGAACAGGGAAAGAGCUCUCAGCUACUGGGUCAGAACAGGGGAAAGAGCUCUCAGCUACUGGGUCAGAACAGGGGAAAGAGCUCUCAGCUCCCGGGUCAGAACAGGGGAAAGAGCUCUCAGCUGUUGGGUCAGAACAGGGGAAAGAGCUCUCAGCUCCCGGGUCAGAACAGGGGAAAGAGCUCUCAGCUACUGGGUCAGAACAGGGGAAAGAGCUCUCAGCUGUUGGGUCAGAACAGGGGAAAGAGCUCCCAGCUCCCGGGUCAGAACAGGGGGAAAAGAGAGAUGGUGAAGACCAGAAAGCAGAUGCUUCAUAUGUUGAUGAGAUGUUUGUUCCCUUCAUUGUCGCACUGGAGGAGCAUGAUUUCCCAGAGGGCCAUGAGAACCAUAUCACUUUGGGUGACCUAGAGCAGGAUUCAUCAGCUGAUGGCCAAGAUAACCAGUCAAUAGAUGAGCCCAAAAGCAGGUCCAAGAGCAAGUUAACGACUGUCUCUGCUGCUGAGGAUGAGAAGCGGGUCUGUAGCACCGAGGACAAUGUAGAAACCAAGAUGGAGGAUAAUGUGGAAAGAGGACCAGAUUACGUGAAGACUGGUAUGGAGUCAUCAUUCCAGCCCAACAACCCAGUGGGAAGGGAAUUCAUUAAACCUGUCUUGGGCUAUUUCUGCAACCUGUGUCAAGUCAUCUAUGUCAAUGAGGACAAAGCAAAGGACCAACACUGCAGCAGCCUCUGUCACUAUCUGAAGUUUAUGGAACAUUCAGCUAAAGACAGCCUCUAGCUAAAAGAUGUCCAUCUUUGGAGGAAGUUGACAAGAUGACAGUCUUAGACCCAAUUUAACAACAGGAAGUGUUACAAGCACUUCUGGAGGAGUGUGAAGAAUUUGGGAUUUUGCCAUGUCUUAACACUCAGAAGAAAGCCACUGGUUUUACCUAAUCCACAAGAGGCUCUUUGUGAAACUCAUCCUAGAACAAUAAAUGGGAUUGCAGAUUAUGUUAAUCUGUAUUGGUUUAUUUGAACAAAUGUACAGCACCUACCUAUAUACAGUGCCUUGCGAAAGUAUUCGGCCCCCUUGAACUUUGCGACCUUUUGCCACAUUUCAGGCUUCAAACAUA